AUGGCGUUUGAUGAUUCAGAAGAAAAUCAAUCACAAACUCAAAACAACAAUAUGAAUCAAGGAGGUAAUAGUGAUAAUCUUGAUCCUUAUUUCAUUGCAAAUUCUGAUAAUCCGACUUCUGCAUUAGUUGCUGUAGUAUUUUCUGGUACAAAUUUUGUGCGAUGGAGCGGAAAUGUUAAACGAGCCUUAAUUGCUAAGAACAAGGAGGGUUUCAUCAAUGGUGAGAUAGCUAAACCUGCAAUUAAUCAUAAGGAUUACUUAAAAUGGAAGCGUGCUGAUUUUAUGGUAAUCAGCUGGAUCUUAAGCUCAAUGAAUCAUGAUUUAGCUGAUGAUUUUGGAUACAUUGACACUGCUGUGGAAUUAUGGAGAGAAUUGACUGAAAGAUUUGGUCAAUCCAAUGGACCAUUGAUCUAUCAGCUGAAAAAGGAGAUUGAGAAUUUGACUCAGCAAAACAUGACUAUUGUCAGUUAUUAUGGAAAACUGAAGAAACUUUGGGAUGAAAUGCAGAAUUUGAGGGCAUUUCCUACCUGUUCUUGUGGUGCUUUGUUACAAUGCAGUUGUAACUUCAUGAAGAAGGUAGCUGAAUUUGAAGAAGAAGACAAGAUGAUGAAAUUCCUACUUGGUUUGAAUGGUGGAUUUGAAAACACUGUGACUAAUGUUCUGUCAAUGGAUCCAUUACCUAGCAUAAACAGAGUAUUUUCUAUUACUCAACAGAUUGAAAAACAGAAAGAAGUGUGUCAUGCUGCAGUGGAAAGCAAUGCUAUGAAUAGUAGUGCAAUGGCUGCACAGGCUUACAGAAGUGUUGGAUCAACACAAGGGAAGAAAGAUUGGAAAGAUCUGAAGAAAGAUAAAAUGAACAGGCAGUGUACACAUUGCAAAGGAAAGGGUCAUACUGUUGACCAGUGUUUCAAGAUCAUUGGAUAUCCUGAUUGGUACAAUACAAUCAAAGCUUCCAAGGGAAACAGUUCACAAGGUGGCAGAAUUGCUGCAAAUGUUCAUACUAACAUUGACUUUGCAGACUGUCCUCUGGAUGAUACUGGAGCUGAAAAUACAACAGUCAACAAUGAAAUGCUGAAUGCUAUUUGUCAAGAGGUCAUGAAGGCCAUGAAAGGCAAGCAGUCAUAG